AUGGCUCCUGAUAGGGGUCACCUCCUGUCCUCUCCCUCUCCCUCUCCCUCCCCUCCUCCUUCACCACCGCCCGAGCCCUUCGACUCUUUCGAACCCAACAUCUCUCACACGCGCUCCGAUCAUGGCUGCUAUGCUUCACCUGCCGCGCAAGACUCUGCUCUCGAUGGUACUAAUUUCACCUUUCGUGGCGUCGCUGUCGGCAUUGCCAUUGGUAUAGUGAUCUGCUUCUCCAAUACCUAUUUUGGUCUUCAGACUGGCUGGGUCUCUGGAAUGGCGAUGCCUGCGUCCUUGAUCGGCUUUGCCGUCUUCAAGGCAUUGUCACCCUAUUUGCUCGUGCCGUUUACGCCUGUCGAGAAUGUCCUGGUGCAGACUGUGGCCGGCGCAGUCGGGACCAUGCCUCUGGGUUUAGGAUUUGUUGGGGUCAUGCCCAGUUUGGAAUUCUUGUUGAAGAAGAGCGAGGGUGCUCCCAUUGAUCUGAGCCUUUGGCGUUUGUUUGUCUGGGGUAUUGGUCUGUGUCUCUUCGGUGUCGUCUUCGGCGUCCCUCUUCGGAAGCAGGUCAUUAUCCGCGAGCGCUUGAAGUUCCCCUCUGGCACGGCAACUGCUCUUAUGAUCAGUGUUCUGCACGGUGGCACAAAGGCUGGUUCCUCCAAGAAUCGUGAAAUUGAAACCCAAGGCACCGAAGAACGAGAGGAGCUUUUGAGAGAAGACGAACGCGAGAAUCAGCAUCAUUUCGUACCGGGAGGCCCGGCGAACGAACAUGAUCUCCGAGCGGAUUGGAAAAGACAGAUUCGUGUGUUGACAAUCGCUUUUUCUGGUUCUGGGGUCUAUACCUUGACUCAGUAUUUCCUGCCUAUUUUGCACAAGCUUCCUCUCUUCGGAAACCACCUUGCCCAUACCUGGCAGUGGACUCUAAAUCCAUCUCCAGCCUACGUUGGUCAAGGUAUCAUCAUGGGUCCCGCCACUACCUUCCACAUGCUCCUUGGUGCCAUCAUUGGUUGGGCGAUUUUGAGCCCGAUUGCCAAGCACAAUGGUUGGGCUCCCGGGGAUGUCGAUGACUGGGAGACUGGCAGCAAAGGCUGGAUCGUUUGGGUAAGUUUAGCAAUCAUGUUGGCCGAUGCUGUGGUCAAUCUAGGCUGGUUGCUACUCCGACCUGUCAUCAAACAUGGGCCGGAAUGGGUAAGGUCAGUUGUUGAUCACUAUCAUCACAGCGCCUCGUGGUCAAAUUUCAUACUUGGCAGACAACUAGCUGGUUAUCUCGCACUUGACAGCGCUGAUCGCCAUGGCCAACGGUCCGGCCCCUCGUCGAAGCAUCGCUCCUCUGAUGAACUUCCUGACGAUGCUCCGGCUCACCAUCUCGUUUCGAAUCGCACAAUCACCAUUCUCCUACCGCUUACCAUAAUUCUCUGUGUGUUUUGUGUCCAUGUAACUUUUGGCGCCUACAUCCCUCUAGGACUUAACAUCCUCGCCAUUAUCCUUGCACUGCUCCUUUCAAUAAUGGGCGUUCGGGCUCUCGGUGAAACCGACCUGAAUCCCGUCAGUGGCAUUUCAAAGCUCACCCAGCUUGUGUUUGCCCUCAUAGUUCCCUCAGGAAAACAUGCCAAUCAUGCUAUAAUCAUAAAUCUCCUUGCAGGUGCGGUGAGUGAGGCUGGUGCUCUCCAAGCUGGCGACAUCCUCCAAGAUCUAAAAGCAGGCCAUCUGAUUGGCGCCAGUCCUAAAGCCCAGUUUUAUGGCCAACUGAUUGGGAGCGUGGUCGGGGCUUUUGUAUCAGCAGCGGUCUAUAAGCUGUAUGUCUCGGUCUACACCAUUCCCGGGGAACUAUUUCAAAUUCCAACAGCGUUUGUCUGGGUCUUCACAGCCCGCCUCGUCACAGGCAAGGGUUUACCUCCUAUGGCCUGGCAAUUUGCACUGGUGGCAGGUGCCAUCUUUGUUCUCACCACGAUUGUCCGGAUCUACUUAUUAGCGUGUCGCGACCAGAGCGAAUGGUGUCGCCGAAUCCAUCCAUGGAUUCCAGGCGGUAUUGCUGUCGCUGUUGGCAUGUACAACACCCCUAGCUUUACAUUGGCUCGCACAGCAGGUGGUGUGGUAAGUUGGUGGUGGGUGCAUUGGAAGGGCAGAGGCGAGACAACUGUCAUUGUACUUGCAAGUGGACUUAUCUUGGGCGAAGGGGUUGUGAGUAUCAUUAACUUGGGCCUUGCUAGCCUCGCCGUGCCGCAUCUAUAA